AUGGCCGAACCCGCGCCUGGCGUCUAUGCCCGUCUCGAGUCGGCCUUCAACGCUGCUCCCAAUCUCCGCCAGUCCAAACAGCUCCCGCGCCGCAGUGACCCAACCCGUCCAGUUCCAGCAUCCCUCGAGCGCGACGACUCGUAUGCCUCACAGUCCACCGACGACAGCGAUUCCACCGUCUGCAGCCAGGACAGCACCCUGCUCGCCUCGCCGGGAGGGCUGAAUGGAGCAGACAGCGGCCUCCCGCCUACACCACCCACGGCCUCGCAGGAUGGCAAAUCUUCUCCCGCCCCAGAGCAGCAGCAGCAGCAGCAGCCGCCGCCGCCCCAUGCCGACAGCGUGAGAAAUUCCCUUAUAUCACAAAAGUCGUCCCUCAGCACCCCCGUCAAUGCCAGAAGCCCACCAACACCCGAUCCAAGUCCGCCGCGAAGAAACGUUUCUGAAGGCUCCAACGCCACCCUCGAGCGCCCGCCACUCUAUACGUAUCCCUCGUCUCGAGCCACCUCGUUCCAGACGGCAAGAGAAGAGCCCAUCUCCUCGGACCGCGAAGAAAGCACCUGUGCAACACCACCCAUUGACAGGCUCAGCACCGUCCAAGAAGACCACGGACUCGGUCUUGCUUUUGAACAAGACAAGAAUGAUGUCACCCCAACUACCCUGCAAGCUCCCUCCUUCCCCGUUACCCCUACUAAACAGGUGGAUACAGCCAAAGAUGUGGGUACGGUGGAUACAACCCCCGACCAGGCAUCCCCGACCAUGGACGAGAUCCCAGACCGCGAAUGGAACACAGAGCUAAUGCGCAAUGUUACCGUCCGGAAGAAGCGCAGGCCGCAAUCAAAGUCUCCUCGCAAAACACCCGAGCCCGCCGUCACCGUUGUCGAAACCGCCUCACCCUCUCCCACCAGAGCCCGACGUGCCUCGAGUCUGCGCAAACGCGUCCAAGUCGGCCACAGCAGCCCGACUACGCCAUCCGUCGAAAACUUUGCGCAAUCCAUUGGCUGGCCCUCCGAAAACAGGCGCAUGUCAUCAGAAAAGCAGCGCGAGGCCAGCAGCAAGCGGCUGUCGACUGCGUCAGUAGCCUCGACUGUAGUGUCGGCCCAGGUCAUAGUCACGCCGCCCCAAAGGAAGCAAACCCUGCGACACUCUGGCAAGAACAUGGCAUACAGGAGAGACCUGAGCUCCUCGACAGAUGUUGGCUCCCUCACGCAUUCGGACCGCAGCUCCAUUGUGUCGCAGGCCGACAGCGCUCCGGUCCAUCGUUUGGUGCACAAGAGGACAAGCAUUGCUGACCGGAAUAGCAGAAGCAGUGUUGUGUCGGACAUUUCAUCAUCGCAUCGCAUCAUGUCGCCUUCAUUGUCACUGCGACAUAGGACCAUUGACAGCUCGGCACACACACUAGCACACCAAGAGUCUAUCCGCCACGUGCUGCAGCCUGCGGCCGACAUAUUGAGUAGACACAGUGCAGCAGCGAGGCUGAGUGGGAGCCAUCACAAACGCAUCAACUCUGCCCCUGAAACUGCAAGACGCACGAUUCGAUCCACCAAGCCUCGUAACUUUUCAGAAAUACUGCCUUCUGCGAGUCCGCACCAGGAGAAGAACCCUUUCACUCAGCCACCCGUGCUUCCAAGCGCACCAUCACCGCCGAUAUCGCCAAAGCCACGUCAAAUGUCACCAACGUCGAGAAAAGUUAGACAAUCGCUUGUUGUCACUGAUCCGAAUCUACCAACUGGAAUUGAAAAUGACCCUCCUAAGCUGCCCAGUCCAGAUAAAGAUGAGCCCGUUGAGCGCGAUGUCUUCGUUGGUGCCGGUAACCCUGUGGAAGAAGCCCAGGUGCCAUCUGCCAUGCUCGACCGGGUCCGACGUCUUCUUGGGGACCGCGAAACCGCCGAAGGCGCCACUCUGGUUGCUGCCUCCAACCCCAAUCCUGCCACACUGGAGAACCUAAACAAGUUCCCGCCCCUCAAGGAUGGAUCGCCCAUUAUGCGACAAGGCUCACGUCCUUCAAGACCAGCCUCUCGCGCGUCAAGACCGGGCUCAUCUCGACCAGGUUCCUGGGACCCAAAGCGAUUCUCACUCCCCUUGGACCGUUCCUCAGCCUCGCCUGAUUGGCACCGUUACUCGGGUGACCAGAGCCGUGUCAGCUUCGAUCGGUCAGGCUCACGUUCAGCUUCACGGACCGAAGAGCACGCCAUGGCUCGACAUCUCUUUUCCCAAUCCACCCCGUUUUCUCAGUUUUCCGACACGGUCGAAGUCACUGAGGCCACUGCUGUGAGCAUCUUUCCCCACAACAACAACUCUCUGCUUGUCGUGCAGCAGCUUGCUCGGGGAAAUUCGAUGCUGCAGGAACAGCGCCAAUUGACCGGGGCUUCACAUUUGACCGCGCAGGAUCCUCGUAUUACACCAGCCGUGGCAUCACCUCCUGCGACUAGUCGACAAAAGAGCAAUGAAGAACAAUCACAGCAACCGACCUUGACUUUCGAGCCUUCGACCCCUCCAAUGCAGACUGAUCCAUUACACGCCAACCCUGUCGAGUCGCCGCUUGAAAAUCCCCGAGAUCCCCCAGAGCCGCCCAUGAUUAACUUUAUUCCUCCAACGCCUAUGGAGGAACUGGACAAGCCAAUGGCUCCAUCACCUGGACCGCCUCGUCGUUCCGACUCGAAUCCACAACGCCGCUUGUCUGUUCUGCAGCGAGCGCGCCGCUAUUCUGACAACCUCAUUACACCGCUGUUGACUCGCAAAGGGGCCAGCCGUGCACGUGACGAUAAUGACGAGGAAAAGCUCGCGUACCGUAAUCCCCAGGCCUCUACUGUCAACGACGAGGACGGCACACUUCAUCCCUUUUGGCGCCCCCGCGGCUUUUGGGAUGAAUUCUCCGAGAGUGAGGAUGACGGCGAGGAAGACGAAAGACUUCCACAAGGAGGCGACACAAGUGACGUUGGAGAUCCAGAGCCGGAACCAGAGGUACCAAGACGAGCCAAUACUCUUAAAAAGCUAAAAGGCGGCCUUCGCGGAUCGGGUGGUUUCCUUAUUGGCAACUCCCUUGGUGUUGAGCGCCACGGCACGAAUAAACGUCGACACCAUGUCAAUCUUCCGCCACACAUUGCUCAGUCUCUUCUUUCAUCUAGUGAUGGAUCCUCGUCCUCGCCCAAACUCGGCAUUCAAGCUCCUACGCAACCUUUAGGGCGGCAUGGCGGCGGCCGCAUCACCAAACGCCGCUCCAACCACGAUCUCCGCCGCACUUCCUCUGUGCCUGACAACCUCUCAAUCGAAUACGAGCAGUCUCGCCGUCGCCGCGGCACAUGGAGACAAGGCAAGAGUAUUCCAGGUUUGAAGAAGUACCACGUUCAAUACAUUGGAAUCUCUGGAGUCAAAGAGAAGAUCAAGGAACGCCGCACAGAGAAGAGGAGGGAGAAGAUUAGACGCAGUAUUGGACACAGGUACUAUGUCGACCCCGUGACGCCUGACUCGCCCAUCUCACAGUAG